CCCGGACCACCUCCAGAAUGAUACAGUCGACGCAACUCCUCUUCCGUAUUUCAAAGAUUAGACACGUCUGUCGGACUUUGAUUCCUUAAGAAAUCAGCAUAAUCACGAGAGGAGAUCAUCGAUACGUACGCGAUCGCAAUUGGCUGCAAGCAAGCCUGACGCAACAUUCCCGUCAAACCACCACGACGCCCUCCUGACAAUGGCAAUGCCUCACGAACCGCCAGCCGCCGCGCUCAACGGCCAUCUGCAAUCACCGCCCAUGACGCCCACUCCUGAUACACAUAGUCGCUUCCCACCCCCUACACACAAAACCUCUCCGGUCCACAGGCGCACCAGCAACUUCGUGCAGACACCUCCAUUGGAGUACAUCGAACCGACCGGAUACGACUAUCACUUCAGCUUCACCCGGCCACAGUCAUGCGAGCCAUCUUCUCGUCUAUCGUCAGAGUCUGACCGUGCUUACCCAGCAACAACUCUGGAAGGAUCUGACACUGGUAGCGAAUUUGACGAGGACAACGAGUCGGAUGAAGAAUGUGAACAAGAAGAUGAAAGGCCAAUGCGCCGGACAGAGAGUGCCCAGUUUGUACUCGAAGAACUGGAUGACGAUCCAGGCUACGACUGUGACGUAGAGGUUGUGCGACCAGACCAUUUCGAAGACGCAAAAAGCGAUCGAAGCGGCACAAAAGCAGAAAUAUUCGCGAGAAUGAAUGAGUUGCAACUCCAAGAAGAUUCCUCAGAUGACGAGGAAAGGGAGCGCAUAUAUCUCAAAAAGAAGAAACGAUGGAGUGCAGGCAUCUUCAAGCGCAGCCACAGCCAGAGCGUCGAAGGAGACAGCGACUACUCCGAUAACGACCCUCUCGACGACUUGGACCAGAACGCUCGCCGCCUGCGACGCCGCGUUCGCGGGCCUAGAAGGGGCUCACUCAUCUUCGAAGAUAGGGGCGUUUCAAAUACCAAUAAUAUCGCGGAAGUUGAAGAACCCGAUGAAGGGACAACGGUGCCACACUGGAAGGGUCCGCCGUCCAUCCCCAGUGAUGAUGGCUUUACGCUGGAUGAACUCCCGUUCUGGAAGGAGCAGAACAUGAUGGACGUCGAGUCUGAGUCCGAACAGGUGUCAGAAUCACGAUUUACGUAACUAGAGCCCAUUUUGACGACCUUAUGUUGUUUCUUUCCUUGGUUUGAGGGUGUUUGUGAGCGACAAGCU